UCUAAUAACACCUCCCUAUCUUGUGGGAUUCAAUAUUGGCGAUAUCCCAAUGCGAAUUUUCCCUUUUUUUUUUCUUGUUUGUUUCAGUGGAAAGUAAAUUCCUCCACGUAUUUUCCCUGUACAGCACACUUCACCAAUGGCACCUUUGCUUAAAAGGAAAGUAUGUGAAACUAUAUAUAUAUAUAUACACAUGUACACACAUGAAUAACCAGAAGGGGCAUUGUAUCAAGGUAGCGCAAGAGAGCUAAAAUGGAGUACUUGGAGCAAAAAGAAGAAGAAGAUCAGCCAGUAAGCCCUACUGGACAGUACUUCAACAGCUCGGUUUUGCAGAUAUCUAUUUUGAGCAUUUUGGAAUCAGACAUUCCGAUCGAUGACUCGCCUACCUUGUCAUUGCUCAAGGACGUGUUCCUCCCCAUCAACCCUCGUUUCUCCUCACUCAUGGUUGAAGACAAAAAUGGAGUGAAACAUUGGAAGAGGGUAGAAGUGAAGCUUGAAGACCAUGUUAACGUUCCCAUUUUUCCAGACGGGUUAUCACCGGAGUCCUAUGAUGACUAUUUCGAUGACUGUCUAACGAAAAUUGCCAUGAAAGAGUUUCCACAGAGCAGACCUUUAUGGGAAAUUCAUAUUAUAAAGUACCCCACAAGCAAUGCAGCUGGAACUGUGGUAUUCAAGCUUCAUCAUGCAUUGGGGGAUGGCUUCUCUCUUAUGGGGGCUCUUCUUUCUUGUCUGCAAAGAGCUGAUAACCCUAAUCUCCCCAUAACAUUCCCUUCAUUUAAGGUGAGCUCCACCUUGGACCGUGGGAGAAGCAUUAUUAGGGCAGUGCCAAGAGCUCUUUCUGCAGCUUUCAACACCGUAUCAGAUUUUGGAUGGAGUCUUUUGAAGAGUGCAGCGAUGGAAGAUGAUCGAACACCGAUCCGAUCCGGUGAUCCGGGGGUGGAGUUUCGACCCCUCUCCAUAGCAACCAUCUCUUUCUCUCUUGAUAACAUCCAAAAAAUCAAGGCGAAGCUUGGAGUGACAAUAAACGAUGUACUCACUGGAAUAAUCUUCUUUGGCACUCGACUAUACAUGCAAUCAAUGAACCAUGCAUCAAGAAAUGCCAAUUCUACUGCACUGGUGUUGCUCAACACCAGGGUGAUUAGUGGGUACAAAUCGAUAAAGGAGAUGACAGCAUCUGAUAGCAGCUCACAAUGGGGAAACCAGUUCGCCUUCUUACAUGUUACACUACCUGAGUUGGCGGAUGCCAAGUUCACAAGCCCACUUGAUUUUGUGGCAAAAGCUCAACAAACCAUCCAGAGGAAAAGAAACUCUUUAGCUGUUCACCUCACUGGUAGGCUACUAGAGACUUUGCGGAAAUAUAGAGGCCCUGAGGUCACAGCUAGGUACAUCCACAGCACCCUAAAGAACUCAAGCAUGACAAUCUCAAAUAUGAUUGGACCCAUGGAACAAGUGGCUCUAGCUAAUCAUCCAUGUCGGGGAAUGUAUUUCAUAACGCUAGGCUCUCCAGAGAGUAUGACCAUAUCAAUCUUAAGCUACAUGGGAAAGGUUCGAAUCACCGUGGGAACGGAGAAAGGCUUCAUCGAUCCUCGAAAAUUCAAUGCAUGCAUAGAGGAUGCUUUCCAGAGAGUUUUUGAAGCUGCCGUGGGAACUCCUCCCCCUCCAAUGUCAUGAUUCAAGGAUUCUGUGUUCAUGGUUGUCAUAUUUCUUCGUAACAGAAGUUUUUGUGUCGAUUGUUGUGUGGUAGCAUACUCAUUUUUUGGUCAUGAAACAACUAGUCCAUCCACCAUAGUCUUUAAUUAAUAUUGAAGAAGAUUGUUUCCAAGGAUGACCAGUUUGAAACCGUUUGGGAGUUGUUCAAAUGUUCAUGAUAAUUAUGAUAAUGAUAACAAUUGUUUGAGUUGCUUC